GACCCCACCACGCCCGGGCGCGCAGUGCAGCGCCGAUCUGCUGCCCUGCGCGGGAGCGCACUUGCAAACUUGGUGGAGGUGCCCUGCGCGUCCUGUUGUGUAACCUCUGCGCCGCCAGCUGGACCGGGAAGUUGCCCGCCCGUCCUUCAGCUUGAUUCAGUCACAACCCCGGGGCGAAUUUCAUGGCCCGCGACGAACGCGCGGCCACAGCCGGCGUGGGCAAGCUCCCGCGAGCCCCGAUUCGUAGGGAGCUCCCGCGCGCGGUCCCUUCCCCUCACCCGCGCCUCCGAUGCGCCCUGACCCUCUUGCCACUGCCGCCCGCUUGCCGCCGUCUGCCCCUCCGAGUUACUGCUUGAGUUGGAGAGCAAAGGAUGACCGAGGUGCCUUGGCCGGCUGUCCCCAACGGGACGGACACAGCCUUCCUGGCUGGCCUGGGCUCGCCUUGGGGAAACAGUACAGUCGCCUCCACAGCAGCAGUUGCCUCUUCAUUCAGAUGUGCCCUGACCAAGACCGGCUUCCAGUUCUACUACCUGCCUGCCGUCUACAUCCUAGUGUUCAUCAUCGGCUUCCUUGGCAACAGCGUGGCUAUCUGGAUGUUCGUUUUCCACAUGAAGCCUUGGAGUGGCAUCUCCGUGUACAUGUUCAACUUGGCUCUGGCUGACUUUUUGUACGUGCUCACCCUGCCAGCCCUCAUCUUCUACUACUUCAACAAGACUGACUGGAUCUUCGGGGAUGCUAUGUGCAAGCUGCAGAGAUUCAUCUUCCAUGUAAACCUCUAUGGCAGCAUCUUGUUCCUCACCUGCAUCAGCGCACACAGGUACAGCGGCGUGGUGUACCCGCUCAAAUCUCUGGGCAGGCUCAAGAAGAAGAAUGCCAUUUAUGUCAGCGUGCUGGUGUGGCUCAUUGUGGUGGUGGCCAUCUCCCCCAUUCUCUUCUACUCUGGCACUGGGAUUCGGAAAAACAAAACCAUCACCUGCUAUGACACCACCACCGAUGAGUACCUACGAAGUUAUUUCAUCUACAGUAUGUGCACAACAGUGGCCAUGUUCUGCAUCCCCUUGGUGCUGAUCUUGGGCUGUUAUGGAUUAAUUGUUAGAGCUUUGAUUUACAAAGACCUGGACAACUCCCCUCUCAGAAGGAAAUCCAUUUACCUGGUAAUAAUUGUUCUGACAGUGUUUGCUGUGUCUUACAUCCCUUUCCAUGUGAUGAAAACGAUGAAUUUGCGGGCACGGCUGGAUUUCCAGACCCCAGAAAUGUGUGCUUUCAAUGACAGGGUUUAUGCGACUUACCAGGUGACACGGGGUCUAGCAAGUCUCAACAGCUGUGUGGACCCCAUUCUUUAUUUCUUGGCUGGAGAUACUUUCAGAAGGAGAUUGUCCCGAGCCACCAGGAAAGCUUCCAGGAGGAGUGAGGCCAAUUUACAAUCCAAGAGUGAAGAAAUGACUCUCAAUAUUUUAUCUGAGUUCAAGCAGAACGGAGACACAAGCUUGUGAAGGCACAAGACCCAAACACCUCACUUUUGUAAUGUGGUAGGAUGCUCCAAAACCAGCUGCUUUGCUUCUCCUUAAGUUCCUAGCAAUGUUAGAGAAUACUCCAAACUAGAAAGUAGUCAGUAAAAAAAAAAAAAAAAAAAAAAGCAUCAAUUUGUUACACAUUCACAUUUAUCUUUCCUAUAAGCUCCUUUCUUACUUACUAGAAGUAUGUGUAAUCAAACAGUACUACCUAGAUAAACACUCCCUCUUCUUCCUUUGAAAUUCCUAGGCUUUUCUAUUUAAAGUGUGUUUGCAUGUGUAGCAGAGCAAAUUUGAUAUUAAAAGUUUCUCCAAGAAAACUGGCCACCUGGAAUUUGAGUUUUUGAUUUGUCCAGCCUCUGUUGCUGUGAAUAACUCAUGAUAUAACCAAACUAAAAUCUAUAUGUUCAAAAACUGUUUGGCACAGUCUAAUGAAACACUAGUCAGUCCAUUCAGUAAUGAGUAGACACCUGUGGUACAUGUCUUUCAGUUCCUCAGAAGCAUAGACUGUGGCUGAUAAUGCCUUUGGGGAAUUGAAUAGAAAAAUAAAAUCAAUGAACUUUUAUGAGUGGAAAAUGAGUAUUUCCAGUUAUUUCUGGAAAGCUGAUUACUGCACAUUGCUUGUUUAAUGUUUGGUGGUGGGAGGCUGUGGAUGUUAUAUUGUUGGCAAAAUGCACUCAAAAUAAUUGAUGUGCAUGUGUUUUUCUUAUAAAUAUUGUGGACCGUUAGGCUUCCUGGGAUAAAAAGUUCUCACUCGCUCCACUGCUGUGCAGUGUCUUUGGACUUUGUGUUCCAAGAGAAGUGCUCCCUCACAUCUGUGAAAACAAUUUUGAGAAAUCACAGUUAAAUUUUAGACUAAAGGUUGGUUGGGUGAAGCAGCAGAUCUGUUAGAUGGAGAGCUACUGGGCAGGACUGUCAGAGUUUCAGAGGGCCAUGGUUGACAGACAUUUGCAAUGCAGCUGGGGGUGGGAGGGAGAGUUCAAGAAGAAGGAUGCAAAACUAAAAUAAUGGGAAGGUUCUUUUUGUUUCUUUAAAGUUCUUGAAAACUUUAAAUGCAGGCUGAAAUGUGAAUGUAAGUAAGUUAUAGGUGUGCCAAGAGGAUGGAAAGCUGAAAUCUUUUAAUGAAUUGUAUUAUUUUAAUGAUUCUUAAAAUGAAAAACAUUUGCAAAGAGAAAAUAAAGGAAAUUAACUUUUAAGUAAGUACCCGAAGCACCAUAAAACUGAAAAGAAGACCAUCAUAGUCAGGAGAUAGCCAGGGUUUUCUACACUUGUCUGCUAGAUAGUAGUGGAAUGUUUGUAAAGGAUACUGAAAUUUAAAAAUAAUUUCCACUGAAUAACGAAUUUUAUAGUCCUUGGAAUGGUCAACUUCAAUUUGAUUAAAAUAAUGAGGAAAUAAAAUUGUCACACAUAAAUAAUCUGAUGUCCCAGGAACUUUAGCUGUGAAAGGUAUUCUUUAUAGACUAUCAAUCUUCUGAGUUUGUAAAUGAAGGUAGGAAGCACUUUUAAAGUAUUUUCUAAGGAAAAAAAAAACUUUUGUGCCCAGUAGGAUAUAAUGACAUAAAAUUCAUGGUUUGGUGUCAAGUUUUUACACACAAGUGACUGGCCUUCUGGGAGAUCUUUGAAGUGCUUCCAUUUGCCCAGUCUGUUUUUACCCAGGUCCAUGAAGAAAAGCUGCAUUUAGCCUUUCUAUCUAGUGGUUCUUUCCCACAUUCACUCCUAGCAUAAAAGCCACAUGAAGAAGACACUUUUGGGGUCCCCUACUUUUGUGGUUUUCAGAAUUCCCAAGUAGAAAGAUUCAUGCAGCAUUUUCUGUUUCCGAAUCCUACAGACAAAAUCUAAAAUACAUCCUCAUUAUGUUGACACUUCACAAAUGUUCAGUGGCUCAAAAGUAAUUUUGUUAAACUAAUCCAAAUGGAAAUUUCAGAAAUGCACAGCUCAGUGAUCCAUAUGUCUUUAUCAUUUCCUCAUUAUUUAAUACAGAUUUCUCCAUUUGAGUCCCAGGAUGCCAGACUGAUGUUGGAUAUGUGUUAAAUGCACGGUUCAACUUUCAUAAAUGGUUUUGGGAGUGUGUUUUAGUGAGAGGAACUUUGCCAUGUUCCUCAUUCUGAGGAUUAGGCUCAGGUCUUAGUGGAUACUAGGCAAGAGUUCAUCCACUGAGACACAGUCCCAGCCCCUAAGGAAGAACACUUUCUUUCCAAACUUGUUUCAUCAUAUAACAUAGUGACAAGACUGACUGUGCCAACUUCUUCCAGUUCAAAAGAAGUCCCUGAGAUAACCUGUGCAUGUAUAGGUCAGGAUGAAGCAACAUGCUAUUAGCCAAAAGACCAAAUUGUGCCACUUGAUAUGAGUAAGCAUGUCCAUAGUAAAGAUAGAUCUGUUGACAUUUGGGUGAAUGAAUUAACAAGUCAUGAAAUUUCACACUACAAACUGUUUUCAUUCCAAGUUCAAGGGUUUGUGUGUUUGUUGUUGGUUUUGUUGUUAUUCCUUAUAAACUGUUCUUUGACUCUUUGAAGGUUGCUUUGAACUCAUAUUGAACUAAAGUGAUUAAGAAGAAACUUAGCACAUAAGAGUUCAAAAUUAAAUCCAUAAUGUGGAUACUGAGAAGUUGUUGGUCUCCUGAUACUUGAAGCCCAUUCUUCAAGAACAGCAAAGGUGACAGGACAUCCAUUUGUUGACACCAUGGGUGCUGUGGCAAAUCUUGAAAAUCAGACAGUGAGAACUGUUUGGAAUACGUUUCUGUGCUUCCUAGGACUCUUCUAUCUAGUCCUUGGAUAAAAUACUCAGUGAUCACCAGCUGUGGUAUGGACAGGUUGAAACCUGAAAAUCUCUACUUACUCAGCCAGGACACUAAACCAGCUUUUGAUAUGACAGACACCAUUACUUAGCAACAGCUAGAAUUCAACCAGUGAGAGGAGUUAGAAGUUUUGGUACUAGUAAGUAUGGAUUGAAGCUUUCCUUUUACCAGUUGAAUGUAAUUAUUGUAAGUGUAUUUAUUGAUGAAGCUCAUGGGCCUUCAGCUGUACAGACUGUAAAACUUUCUCGAAGGUACAACAUACUGAUGUAAAUUUAUUUAUUGCAAUGUAUAAUAUUCAAAUGUCACACUGGCAUAUUUUACAAUAAUAUAUAAUUCUAGAUAAAAUGACAACUAUAUUUAAGAUGUUUUUCAGAUAUUAGUAUUGAACAUUUAAGACUAGUUUGUAUUUAGAUCUAAACAAAUCUGCUUUAUUAUGUGUUUAAUUUUCCCUGGAUUUUGGACUUGCAUGGUUUCCUUUUCUUUAGGGCUCUUGUUCUACAGACAUAAUUUGGUAUUAGAUUAUAAGAUUCAUAGUGAGUGUAGGAUAUUUUAGACAGGUUCUGUAUUGUGUACAUUAUAUAUAUUUAUAUUAUAAAAAGUUUGUUUUGUCUUUUCAGAAAGUUUAGAAUAUUGCCCUAGCUAUGGUUAGAGCUUCCACUGCCAAAGGCUGAAGGCUUGUCUCCUAUUCAAAACUAAUGAUUUAAAGUCUAGUGGGUUGGGCGUUAUAGAUGUAACUUAAGAAUUUAAAGACAAACUUUAGUGAAACAGGGAGAGAAAAGUGCAGCAGGUAGUUUUCUGCUAGAUCUUGAAGCUUUGUAUUGUAUUUUUUUUCUUAUGGUAACAGAGUGCAACCUUUACUUCUUUGAGGUGGGGUUUUUAUGUAACACUACCAACAAGUUCAGCAUUGCAAUUGAUUUUAAUCUGUUCUCUUCGGGAAGUUGGUAACUUUAAUGCCAACAUUUUUAGUGAUAACUAUAUCAUUUGGCUGCUAAAUUCUGUCACAUUUUUAAAUGUAGGUGCAUUUAUGUUACAUAUCAAAAUUUGUGCAUUUGAGUUAUGUUGUUUUAGCGAUUUUGCAAGAAAAUUUUAUUUUUAUAAUAUCUGUGAUUUUAAUGUAGAUGAUCGAAGCAGAUUUCUUUGUGGUUACCAGUGCUAUUGAGUGGUAUGGAACAGUGUUACUUGACGUUCUGAGCCUUCUUGGGUUCAUCUGCAUCAGUGGUAGUUUAGCAAAUUUGAACUGAUUGCAUAUAAUUGUCUUUGUAAUAAAGAAGAGGUAUACUUCCUGCAAAAGCACAGAAUUGUUUGACUGUAGGAGGCUGCAGAAUCUCUCAUGUUUCUCUCUCUCUCUCUCUCUCUCUCUCUCUCUCUCUCUCUCUCUCUCUGUGUGUGUGUGUGUGUGUGUGUGUGGUGUCUAAGGCAUGGCAGCCAAUCUUGUAUCUGCUAUUUAUAGUAACAGCAGUGCUUCAUAAUUGUGGUCAUCAGAAUUAUACUUAUCAUAGACAAAACUGAGAAAGAUUCAAUAAAACUAUGAAACGUG